AUGGACCAUCCAGGACCUCCACAACACGGUGAACACCAUGGCAGAGGCGAAGGCCACGAACAACAUGGCGGACCGCGAGAUCAUGAAGGUGGACAUCCUCCUCAUGGAGAACAUGGUAGACGCUCCCCACAUGGAGAACACGGUGGACAUCCACCUCAUGGGGAACACGGUGGACCACACCAUGGCGGUCAGCAUCAAGGUGGUGAACAUCAUAGACCACCACCAAAUUAA